AUGGACCGGUUAAGCAGGAUGCUCGCGGCGGCGCAGGGCAUGGGCGGCAUGGGCGGCGGGCCCGCGCAGGACACACACCUGAUCGACAACUCGGAGACGGUCUACAUUUCGUCGCUGGCGCUGCUCAAGAUGCUGCGGCACGGGCGCGCCGGCGUGCCGAUGGAGGUCAUGGGCCUCAUGCUGGGCGAGUUUGUCGACGACUACACGGUGCGUGUCGUCGACGUGUUUGCCAUGCCGCAGUCGGGCACGGGCGUGUCGGUCGAGGCCGUCGACCCCGUCUUCCAGACCAAGAUGAUGGACAUGCUGCGCCAGACGGGGCGGCAGGAGACCGUCGUCGGCUGGUACCACUCGCAUCCCGGCUUCGGCUGCUGGCUGUCGUCGGUCGAUAUCAACACGCAGCAGUCGUUUGAGCAGCUGACGCCGCGCGCCGUCGCCGUCGUCGUCGACCCCAUCCAGUCGGUCAAGGGCAAGGUGGUCAUCGACGCCUUCCGCCUCAUCAACCCGCAGACGCUGAUGAUGGGCCACGAGCCGCGGCAGACGACGUCCAACGUCGGCCACCUCAACAAGCCGUCGAUCCAGGCCCUCAUCCACGGGCUCAACCGCCACUACUACUCGAUCGCCAUCGACUACCGCAAGUCGGCGCUCGAGGAGAACAUGCUGAUGAACCUGCACAAGCACGUGUGGACCGAGGCCCUGCAGAUGGACGACUUUGCGCUCGACGCCGAGCGCAACCAGGACCGCCUGCAGAAGCUCGUCGCCCUGGCCGACGGCUACGAGCAGCGCGUCAAGGAGGAGACGGAGCUGACCCCGGACCAGCUGAAGACGCGCUACGUCGGCAAGGUCGACCCCAAGAAGCACAUCUCCGACGUCGGCCAGCAGCUCAUCGAAGACAACAUCGUGUCCGUCUCGCGGCAGAUGAUCGACAAGGAGGCUUCCGUGCCCAAGUCCAACGGCAGGCAGAACGGGCGGGCGUGUCAGGACGAGGCCGACGAGAUGGAAGAGUAG